GGCUGGUGGCUGGUGGUUCACAAUGUCGGGCAGAAAGCCCCGGUCUGUGGCAAAUCCUCUGGAGUCUGCGAUCACCACCCCGAGUGAGAGGAUCCUGAAGGAGUGCCACAGUCUGUAUGUGGACAGCGAACACGGCCUGGUGAAGAUCGCCGGCAGCCUCGGAGUUCGGCUCCUGCCGCCCAGAAAGAAGAUCAUAGUGAUGAUAAUGGGCAACCACUCUGCAGGGAAGAGCUCCUUCAUUAACUGGUAUGCUGAAGAGCACAUACAGAAAACUGGUGUGGCCAUUGAAACGCAGGGGUUUACCUUCAUCACCAGUGGUCGCAAAAGAGAAUCAUUGACGGGGAAUGCAACGCUGCAUCUCUACCCUCACUUUCGACCGCUGCUUGAGUUCAAAGGUGUUAUGGACUACCUGUCCGCUGAGAUCUCCACCUCCAAGCAGAAGAAAUUCAGUCUGGUCACAUUCGUGGACACCCCCGGUUUGGUGGACGGGGACAUGAUCUACCCGUUUGACGUCAACAGCGCCAUCACCUGGUUGGGAGAACAGGCAGACCUGAUAUUUGUGUUCUUUGACCCGAUGGGCCAAGCGCUGUGCAAACGCACACUCAACAUUGUGGAGAAGCUGAGUGAAAAAUGUGGAGACAAGCUGUUGUUCUACCUCAGCAAGGCAGACGAAGCUGGAAAGGAAACAGACAGACAGAGAGUGAUGAUGCAGAUAGUCCAGGAACUGUGUCGCCGUCCAGGCCUCAAUAAAUGUGGUUUUGAAAUGCCGACAAUCUACAUCCCCAACCCCCAGAAGCCGAGCAGAUGUGUGAACCAGAUCGAUGGGGUUUGUCAGACCAUCGAGAAGACCAUCAACCAGGCCGUUCAGAAGACCCUGGAUCAGCUGGAGAAAGACUGCGACCUUAUUUGUUCCACCAUCAGCAGCCGACUAGAGCAGGACAGGGCCGAUGCGACUUACAACAAAAGCGUCCGCCUUCACUCGUUCCUUUGUGGGGCUUUGGGCAUUUUCCUACCUCUCCUGUUCGUCCUCAGUUUCAUUGUGAACACCUUCUCCAAAGAGCAGCUGGAUGAGCUGUUGGGUGAAGGUCCGGCUCGGACCGUCAGUAUCUCCUCAGGAGUAGUGAUGUAUUUAUGGGACUGGAUACCAGAAGAUGGACAAGUGGUGUUUGUGAUUGGUUUUGGCGCUUUUUGCUACUUCCUGCUUUUCCUGGCAAAGUAUUUUGCAGGCCGAGGUAACAAGACCCUGACGAAGAAGGAGAAGAGGGCGAUGGCAGAGUACAGCGAUUACAUCCAGGAUAUCGUCAAAGCCAAGAAGGGUAAAUUGUAUGAAUGGUACCUCCAGCAGUGUGCAGCAGAAUACGACCUCUGACCUCGGGUAAGCUGAAGACAGUGUGUGUGUCGGCAUAUUGCUUCGAUAAAGAGUUCAUCUUCCAAACUGCGUCGUGUGGUGUUCCUAGAGGAAUCGGCAGGAUUUUGUAGACAGAUAAUCAUCCACUCAGACUGUUCUCUUGUCAGGUGUUACCUCUGAUGCAGCAGAGAUCACUGCCAGCGUUUAUCAUCUCAACAGCUGAUUUGAAAAGUGCCUUUAUUGUUGAUUGCAGGGCGAGCUGUGAUUGUAGUUGUUUGAUGAAAACAAAUUUCAUAAUGUGACUAGAUUUUCUGGGUAGUACAUAUGUGGAGUGUUUACAAAUAACUUUUUUUUUUUCUUCUUCUCUCAUUUUCUUCACAAGUAUCUUGCAGCUGAUUUUACCUGCAAAUAUAUUUUUAUGAUGGAUAAAAGUUUGUUCCUGUUGUUCUCACGGUCCCCAGAUCUCACUGCACCGUCCUGACUGUCAUGUUACCAGAAUGUGUUCUUAUGCUGACUGUUAUUAAUAACUGCAAUAACCAGCGCUGUGAUAACACCUGGGCAUUAACGUCAGACAUUUGAUGAAAUGUUUUCAUACAGUCAAGUCAAUCUUAGGGCUGCGAACUUCCUCUCGCCUCCAAAGAAUUUGUCCUUGUUUGUUUUGCUGUGUGAUUUGUGCAGCCGUCAAGAUGUUUUUAUAGAUAAAUCCUCGUUACGUGGAUGCGUAUUUACAUAAACCGCAGUCAAGGCUGGUGAUUUAAGUACAAUAACACAACAGCGCAGUAAAACCGGUGAGCAGCGAAGUCUGCCGCUGCACUGAUGCGUCUCUCCUAGUUUUAUUAAUGAGCACUGAGCCCUGCAGGUCAUAUAGUCAUAGAUUUAACUUGUGAUACCAUAUAAUGCCUUCACUCCAGUGUUUGUAGAUAUAUUUAUUAGACUCGACGAGUGUCAACAGGUGUGGUGCUUCCUCCUGGGGGAUGCACUGAUCCGAUAGCUACAGAUUGUGACAUUUUUUAUUACUGAUCACAUUAAAGAUGGAGUAACCCAUUUUUUAGAUAUUUGAAGCCGAGCGGCCGAACAAACCCGCUCCUCCCUUUGGUGCUACUUCAAAACACUCGCCCCCCCAAAAAAAAUUCAUGAACGCACAACGCUACGGCGACAUUAACGACUUGGCGGGUGGACCAAAAGAGAGAGAUUUGCUAAAUUUGACAAGAAAAGUACUGGAUUAUUCUGUCUAUUGUCAGUGUCAUGUUGUUAUUCAAAGUUCAUUCAUUCAGUUUUGCUAUGUUUAGUUUUAAGUGGCUCAGCAGUCAUUUGUGUCAUUCUACCAAACAUAAAAGGAUCCUGAUGACACAGUAAAAUGUGUAACUUGUAGGGAAAAAAAAGCCCUAAUUGGCACAAUUGGCAUCAGAAAAGCUGGAUCAGUGCGUCCUUAUUUAUGAUCCAUUAUAACGUAGAAGAACCUCUACGGGCUGUUUGCAAUAUUGUUGUGAACACUUUGUCUUGUGUGUGUGUGUUAGAUGUCUCCCAGGUGUCCUUCUCAUUAGGAAUCCAUCUGUUAGGAGCUACUCUCAUUUAGAAAUCUGUGAAACUUGUGAAUUCGUCAAUUCUGUGUUGUUUUUGUUUUUCCCCAAAAAUGACUUUCAUUGUAUGAAACCUCCACUGCUUUUUAAAACUUCUGAUUCAAAGAAUGAAACCCAUCAAAACCUGAAAAACUAUGCUCUGUCACUUCCUUGGAAAUUAUUAAACAUUUUCUACUGACUUUCUCUAA